GCAAGGGAUGCAGCAGUGUAUUGGAGAGAGAGGGUGAGGUUGUGAGGGAGAGAGAGAGAGGGAGGGAGGGAGGGAGAGAGAGAGAGAGAGAGAGAGAGAGAGAGAGAGAGAGAGAGAGAGAGAGAGAGAGAGAAAGAAAGAGAGAGGGAGGGAGAGAGAGGGAGAGAGAGGGAGAGAGAGUGUGUGUGGGAGAGGGAGAGAGAGGAGGAGUGUGUGUGGAGAGGUUGACGAUUGCCUCGUGAUGGCCGUCCCCGUCGCCCAGGAG